AAAGAGGGAGGUUAGGUGUUCAUUGUAUUGUGAUUUAUGAUAUGUUCCUUUUGAUAGAACGUUGUAAAAAUGUUGAUUGCACGUUUUGCGAGUCGACUCAAAUACCUAAAAGUGGUCAAAGUACCGUUCAGAUUCAAGCAUAAAGACACACAUUGGUCGGUAAUAAGGAAGACUAAAACGAACACUGACAAAGCUCUGGAACAUUUUGAUGAUUUUUAUGACACCGUUUAUGGAACACUUUGGCCUGAUGUAAGGGCGGCUCUCCUCGUCGAGGACAACAAGUACAUGGCUGUAGUUAACAAUUUUAGUGACACAGAUAGAAUUGCUCAGACAUUCGAGAAUUCUGGAGCAAUAAAUCUGCGAGCAAUCUACAAAGCUCAACGUAAAUUGUUGAAAUCGAUAGAACAAGAAAAAGCGAUUAAGAGAAAAUUGAAAAAUUUAGAUGGAGGAAUAGAAGGAUUUUCUGCUGCCUCCGAGCAAAGCUUACAAGUCCCAUCAUCUGAUCUCUCAGAUAGUACCGAUUCUGCAGAUGAAACCGAGGAAGAUUCUAGCUCCUCGAAUGAUUCUGCUGUUCCACCAGAAUUGUUGUCAAUCGCCAGCAGUGAAAGCUCAGGGCAUUUGGACUUCGAACGAAUCAUAAAUCCACAGAAUGACUUGUCCAUGAGUUCUCUGCACCAAUAUGUUCCUGCCACAAAACUCAAAGGCAUGGAAGAUUUUGUUUUGGAGUCAGAACACUACGACUACUACAAGAAAGGUUCAGACCUCUCGAUUAAGGUUGAGAAGCAGCGGAAGUUGAAUUUCCCUGAACAUCUGAAUAUUUAUACUUUCGAAGAGGAGAACGAUACCAGAUUUUCAUCUCCACGAAAAGGAUCGACUGGUGUUUUAGAUUAUUACCUGCUUGAUGGUGGCUCCAUUCUACCUGUACUGGCUUUGGACCUAAGACAGAAUGACCAUGUGUUGGACAUGUGCGCUGCACCUGGUGGAAAGACUCUAAUCGCGCUUCAAACUCUUUUGCCUGGUCUGUUUGUCGCCAAUGAUAAUGCACACUCCAGAGUUAAGAGGAUAAAGAAUGUAUGUGAUCAGUAUUUUGACGGAAUGGGCCAAUGGGAUGAAAAACUGGUAAUCUCUCAGAAUGAUGCCAGAGUUAUUGGUGAGCAGGAUAAGUUUAACAAAAUACUGGUUGAUGUACCUUGCACAACUGACAGGCAUUCCUUACACGAAAAUGACAAUAAUAUCUUCAAACCAUCAAGGAUCAAGGAACGAUUAAAAUUACCAGAGAUCCAAACGGAAAUUUUGCAAAAUGCUCUGAAAAUUGUUCGACCAGGUGGUACCGUUGUUUACUCAACUUGUUCUUUAAGCCCGAUACAGAACGAUGGUGUCGUCCAAAUGGCGCUGAAAAAAUCUUGGGAAGAAACGAACUCGAUCUUUAUCGUAAAAAACAUGUCACCGUCGCUCCACCCAUUGAGGUGCAUCUAUAAUAUCAGUAGGCACGGUCUCAAGUAUGGUCAAGUUGUAUUGCCUUCUCUCGGCAACAACUUCGGUCCUAUGUACUUCUGCAAAAUCAUCAAAGUUCGGUAAAUAAGAGGAACAGCUGCUUGAUCCUGUGGCUUAUGUCUGCUGGUGCCGAUCUUAUUCCAUGGCUGUUCUACACCAGAUCCAAAGAUAGUGUAAGCCAAUAUUUCUACUAUGUAAAGCGCUACAGUAACGAAGAAAAUGAUGC